GCAAAUACCGCGCGUGGCAGCUUGUACCUGUACCGAAAAUACCCUAAAUUACCGCCAAAACCCGGUCGAACGCGCCGUCGCAUGGAUCAACCCCACCACCCCGCUAUCGCAAUACGUCCACCCCAUUUCGAUUUUACUCAUCUCUUAAAUACCCUCCCAACCGCGACCUCCUGCUUCCUCCUCCGUUUGUCCUUCUCUCGGUUUUUCCCUCGUUUUGUUGCCCAUCUUCUCGCAAAAGAUUCCUGCUGAUAGGUACCAUUGCCCAUCAUGGCGACAAUCGUGCUGGGCGUCCAAUGGGGAGACGAGGGGAAAGGCAAGCUUUGCGAUAUCCUCAGCUCCGAAGUCCAGAUUUGCGCCAGGGCUACCGGUGGUAGGAACUGCGGUCACACCGUCGUCACCAAUGGUGUGUCCUACGAUUUUCAUAUGUUACCCUCCGGGCUACUCCAUCCGGAGACCACCAACCUGAUCGGUCCCGGUGUCGUGCUACACGUGCCCACCUUCUUCUCGGAGCUUGCCGACGUCGAGGCGAAGGGUGUUGUCAACCCUCAGCCACGACUGAAAGUAUCUACGCGCUGCGCGUUGAACCUCGACCUUCACACGGCUGCCGACCGCCUCCGGGAAGGACAGCUCGGCAGCAAGAACAUUGGCACGACCGGCCGAGGCAUCGGACCGUCUUACAGCUCCAAGGCCGAGAGGAGCAAUGUGCUGUUGGGCGACCUCCUCGACGACGAGGAAUUCGGAGACCGCAUCAGGGCGAUGGAGCGCGAUUACAAGUUGAGAUUCGGCGGCGAUCUAGGCGGUUAUGACGUCGAGAAGGAGAUCAAAGAGCUCGAGGCCUACCGCGAGAGGAUCCGGCCCUUCAGCGUGGACGACAUCGAAUUCCUUGAAGAGGCCCAGAACGAGGGGAAAAAGAUCAUGAUCGAAGGCGCCCAGUCGGCACUCCUCGACAACACGUACGGCACCUGGCCAUAUGUUACGUCGACCUCGACAACCUUCGGCGGCGUGAUGGCCGGACUGAACCUGAACCGCCGCAAAGUAGACACCGUCAUCGGCGUUCUCAAGGCCUACUGCACACGUGUCGGGUCCGGGCCGUUCCCCACCGAGGAUUUCGGCGAGAUCGGAAACAAGCUCCAGGAGAUAGGACACGAGUUCGGCGUCAGCACGGGACGGCGACGACGCUGCGGCUGGCUGGAUCUGGUCUCGGCGCAGUACUCGCACAAGGUCAACCACUACGACGCGCUGAACCUGACGAAGCUCGACGUCCUCGACACCUUCGAGGAGAUCCGGGUGGCCGUUGCCUACGAGCACCCCGACACCGGAGAGACCAUCAAGGGCUUCCCCGCGAGCGCGAAGCUCCUGUCGCGGGUCCAGGUCGUCUACAAGACCUUCAAGGGCUGGAACACGAAGACGACAUCGACGGCCAAGUACGAAGACCUCCCCGUCGAGGCGCGCGAAUACAUCGAGUUCAUCGAGGACUUCUUGGGCGUCAAGAUCGUAUGGGUCGGCUGCGGACCUAAGCGGGACGACAUCCUAGUUCGCUAACCACCUAACCUAACCUAACCUACCUCACACGUGCUUGCUUUCUGUUUACCUGCUUGCCUGUUUCUGCACCGUCUCGAGUGCGUGCGAGUGGCUAGAGACGGGUUAUGAUGCUUAUCCAUUAAUACCAAAUUUUGACUUCAGAAGGGGGUUGAUUCCUGACUGAGAGAGAGAGAGAGAGAGAGUUCUACUUUGCAAUGGAUCAGAUUCUGGUAGCAAGGCCUUAGAUCUAGAUCUGGCGACGGGUUUUUAGAUGGAUGAGAAAGGGGAUGGGGGUCAUGGCCGCUGGUGGCGGGUAGACAAAAAAGAGGGAAGAAAAAAAAUAACGCUAUUACGAGCUCGCUCAGUAGGUAGGUUACGUGACGCGGCCACGAUUACGACGGCCCCGCGCCGUUUGUUGUUUAUCGCGCUAAGGUAGAGGUAGCCACGGCGAAACCGAGAAGAGACAGACUAUUAACCCAACCCGC